GCCGUUCUGUUCCAGUGACACCAGUCACUUCAUCCAUAUGCUCUUUUAGUUCAUUUUUCCUUCCUUCCAUAGAACUAGAAAAACAAAUAGCCUAACAUUGUGAAGACAGAUUUGACACAUUCCCAAGUGUUUGUGGAUCAAUAAUGAUUAUCUCCAGUGGUCUGCUGCCCGUCUACUUUGGAAGUCUAGGAUUUUGUUACAUGGUGGUAUUCAUUUGUAUGCUAUUUCUUCAAUGGAGGAAAGGAAUCCAGCAGAAGCGACGUGCAAAAGCCUGGGUGAAACAGCUGAAAACGGAAUCGUAUUUCCAGCGCGCAUUGGCUCACGAGGAAGCCAAGCCUGGAACUAAAGCAGAAGCCUGCAGUCUCGAGUCUGAUAGCAUCCGAAAGCCACAAGACAGCUUCUUGGCCAGUGAGAUCACCAUAGAUAGCAGUGGCGAUUUCAUCCCAUCAGCUCAAGAGCCAUACAAGCCAGUGUUUCAGGAAAUACCAUGCGCCUGUGUGCUCUCUCACAUGCCACCACUGCUCGAGCAUUCAGCUUCUUACCCUUGCUCGAGUAUCCGAACCAAAAGCAUGCCAUUCAACUCACCUCUGAAAUCUGCCACGUUGACAAAGGAGGCAUACAAUCUGUGUAGCAGCAUCUCUGCCUAGCAGUAAGAUGAACCAGCAAGUCUUCAUGAUUUUAAUUGUACCCCAAAUAAAGACCAGAUGCAGAACAAUUUCAAAAC